UCGCAUCUAAUAAUUGUUAGGUUAUGGUGUAAUGUUUAAUUGUGUAUCCGUUUAUCUUUUUGAGAAGUAAUGGGGAUUUUAACUGAUCCUAGCGCGGGUCAGGGCAAAAUAACAAAAAUAAUAAUAAAAUAUUAUUCAAAAAUCACCAUAUUAAUGUAUGUAGGUGGUGUGAUAUGGUUCUGCCUACUCGCAUAUACUCCUUUAAACGCAGGCACAUACUUUUCCGAAAAUGCGCUACUACCUGGCCUGGUGAAAUCCGAAUUUCGAGAUGAGAGCUCCGCGAAACAGUAUUUCGAUGAGUUGCAGGAUGAAAUGAAAAUGUACGAAAAUUCGAUUCCCUACCCUUGGAUUUUGGCAAAAUUUCAACAGAUUGGUUUAGAUACUUACACUCACAACUUUACAUUGAAUUAUCCCUUAGGAAAGGCCAAUAUCAAAUACAGCGGGAAGAAUGUUUAUGGGAUUCUUCGUGCGGCAAGAGCUGGCAGUACAGAAUCGCUGGUGAUGAGCGUCCCAUAUAGACCUCCAAGUAAUAUUCAUCCAAGUACGGCGUCGUCAGUUGCAAUUAUGCUGGCCUUUGCGAAACAUGCCAAUAGACAGAAGUAUUGGUCGAAGGAUAUUAUCUUUUUAAUCACAGAACAUGAGCAGUUAGGUGUUCAGGCAUGGUUGGAAGCGUACCAUAAUGUAGUAUGCGGCCAUCAAGGUAUAUUAGACCAUGGCGAUUUGCGGGGACGUGGUGGUGCUAUUCAAGCAGCCAUUAAUUUGGAGUUCCAAGUUGUCAAUAUAGGUAAGUUCUAA